CCCAGUCGCCAGCACUACCCCGCUCCAGGCUAGAUGUGCAUGUCAAAACUACAUGAACCACUUGAACCAGCGCAGCCAGGAUCAAACCGAGUCGAGUUCUCCGUAACACACGACUCUUCAUCUGUUUGGGCAGAAGAGGGGUUGCCACAAUCUGUUAGUGCUCCUUUGUUUAAGCUAUACGUUCGUCAAAAGUGAGACGAUGAAGCCGUUAAUCAAUAACAAGUUACUCGGUUCCUGUUUACUACUUUUGGUGUUUUUGCAACCCGCCUGCUCAGCCAUCGUGGCACACGAAAAAGUCAGAGAAUUGAUUCAUCAAGCUCGAGUGUUCAUCAACUCGACAUUAAACGAUGAAGAACUGCGUUUGUUCGAACUAGAAGGAGACAAAGAAGAAGUGCCAACAGAGUUCGCUCAGCCGUUGUCGUUGCAAAUUGCAGUCAUGCACGUAACAGAUGCCUUGAAUCGAGAGAUGAAUUUACCAAAGUGGCAGGCCAUGCUGCGAGCUCUUGGUGGUGACCGUGAAAUUCUAAAACGAUUCGCGGAAAUGCGACCUCACUUUGCCUCACUGGAAAAGAGACUCAACCAAGGACAAGAUGGAGGUAUCGAAGAGCAACUCAACGAGCUGGCUGCUCUGAACACAUCGAUGACAACGUGGACUCGUAUCUGGCCGCAAUUGCAAACAUUGAUACACACAGUCGGUAAUCUACACGACUGGUUCGACCGCUACCAACGUAACGCUGCUGUCGUCAACGAACGCACUUUGCGCGACUAUGCUGACACCGUUCAUAGCACGGAUGGGCUAACCAUUGGUCAAGCUUUGAUUUCAAUCCACAAGUCUGUCUGCCCGUUCACCAUGGACGACGCCUACGACGAUUACACGGAAAGCGAAAAUAACAGCACAGAUAUCUGUCGCGGAGGAGUUCUGGAGACUUUGCAAACAGCUUUGACUCGGGUCAACGAUAGCUUUAUCUGCUCUUUGCCCAAAUCUACGCACCAACUCGUCUAUGACCUUUAUGCCCUUUUAACUUUGACUGACGCCAAGGGUUACGCAAUGAUGCAGUUCUCUUGGAUGAUUUUGCGUCUAUAUGGAAGAGGAAAUAAUGCCAACGAGACAGAACAAGCUCGAGUCGAUUUUGAAAAGCGAAUGACUGAAAAGGCUGAAGCUGCACAAAAAGUGUUAUCACAGCUAUCCACUUGGAUGUGGAAAUGCGAUCCACCCACAAACGACCAGAUAGAGAACGAAACCUACAUUCGAUUCAAAGAAUUAUUGCAAGGUUACGUUGUCAACGAGGUGGAUCUCAACCAAGACAACACUUGCAAAGAUAGCUGCUCCGCUUACACAAAUACCCAAGAAAAAGGUUGCUUCGACAAAAAAAUUUGUGCUAGUUCACGCAGAUGCUCCAGCGGCCGAAUUUACAAUUGCGGUUUCAUCGAAGCCGAUUCAAACAUUUGCGUCAACAAUUCGCCCGGAAGAAGAUACGAUUGGAUCCAAUACAAGAGUGGGAAAGUAAUCGGUCAAAAGUCGGAAUGCAAGGCGCCCAGCAACAAGAAUCACAAAGUCGAUUCGUGGUGGCGCUUUCUCUACCACUGCUCCUACUGUAUGUGCCUGUGUGAUCAACCAGGGCUACAAUCCGACCGCUACGUUAGCCUACAAUCCGCAAUGGCAUCUACUUCCAGCAACCGACUAGUAACGGGAGUGCGGUUCGUAAAAAUUAACCGCAUUCUUCACAUUCAAAUACAAGAAGGCGAAGCCCUACCAAGAGGUUCAGUUAACGAAUCAACGGUCCAAUGGCUGCCUACACCGCCUCUUACUGUAUUAAAGGGUAAAGAAGAAUCGGUAGAAGAUGGGCUUGGCUAUGCCACUUUGCGCUAUGAAGAACGAGCAAUUGACCUGGAUGAUUUAGUUGCUCCGAAAGGGCAUGUCGUUACUGGCUUGCGUUUCCGAAAACUGGGUGGACACUUGAAUUUGGAAGUUCAAGCGUCGCCCAUCGAUUUUACGACUGGAACAAUCGACAACGAACGGGCCAUUUGGUUAUCCAACGACAACACUCCAGCCUCAGAAUUAAAUCCGCGUACAAAACUUGCUCUUUUGUCUCCUGAUGUGCCCACUCGUUCCCUAAAGCCUUCAAUUCCAGAUUCAGCUUCAGAUCAGUUCGUUGAAUUCCAAGUCUCAUCACUGGAAAAGGACGUUUCUCAAAAUACGGUGCCAUUUAUAGAAUCUACUCCUGUAACUAAUCAACCAUCAACCUGGUUGACAGGAAUCGGUAUCUAUCACAAAGGUCAGCCUGGAUAUGGUGGGUACAUCGCUCUCCGCAUCGCUACUCUCAACUUUUCGCAUUACAUGAUUUUCCCAUCAAAAGAAUUCAAUUAUACAUCCGCAGAUGGCAUUGCUAAUUAAACGUCUGAAUAUCCAUAUUAAUUAAUUGAGUUAUUCUGUGGCGCUACUUGAUUUUUGCAGUCGUAUGCCUACCAUGCCUUAUGCUUCUAUUACUCCGCCAUGUUCAAGUAAAAGAAUUUGAAAUAAACAUAGGACGCAUGUCAAUUUCAAUUUCCGAGAAAUAAAAGAGAAAACGUUA